UGUUCAGUCCCGGGGGGUGACUUGGAGUCUUUGCCACCCAGACCUCCGGCUGGUUGAGGUCCUUUUCCAGGGUGCUGGAGGCAAAGUUUGCUACGGGGAGAAAUAUGGGACCCUGAGCCGCCCCUUUGGCUCCCUGCAGAGGCAGACUGUGAGGCGAACUUGCAGAAGUCUCGGCCUCGGGCUGCGCGCAGUUUUGCAAGCGCUCGGGGGUCUCUGCAAUGGCCGGGCCGUGGUGCUGGCGUGUGUGGGCCCCGGUGGGCAUCCUGGGCUCCGUGGCACUGGGUUUCCAGCAGCGGCGCGUGGCCCUGGCCGAACCCCAGUCGGUGGAGCGGCGCCCGCUGGAGCUGAAGAAGGUGCUGGUCGUGUUUCGACACGGGGCGCGGAGCCCGCUCAAGCUGCUCCCGCCUAUGGAGCAGUCACAACAGGUGGAUUGGAAUCCCCAGCUAUUAGAGGUCCCUCCCCAAACUCAGUUCAAUUACACAGUCACCAACCUAGCCGGUGGGCCAAGGCCGCACUCUCCUUACGACUUCGAGUACCAGAAGACCAUACUCAAGGGGGGAAUGUGUGCUGGCCAGCUGACCCAAGUGGGCAUGCAACAGAUGUUCUCACUGGGGGAGAAACUACGGAAGAAGUACGUGGAGGAGACCCAUUUCCUCUCACCAGCCUUCAACCCACUGGAGGUCUUUAUUCGUUCCACUAACAUAUACCGGAACCUGGAGUCCACCCGGUGUUUGCUGGCUGGGCUUUUUCGGCACCAGAAAGGGCCUGCUAUCAUUCACACUGAUGAUGCCAGCUCUGAAGUCUUAUACCCCAAUUUUGAAAACUGCCGGAGCUUGCGGGAAAGAACCAGAGGCCGGAAGAGGGGCGUCUCUCUGUUGCCAGGGCUCUUAGAGGACUUGGAGAAGGUGAAGGAUGGCUUGGGCAUCUCCCAGAGUGACACUGUGGACUUCCUCAGUCUCCUGGACCAUAUGGCUGCUGAGAAGGCACACAACUUCUCCACCUGCUCCGUGCUGAGGAGAUUUGCACAGAUCAUUGAGCAGAGAGCUGUGGACACCGUCUUAUACGUCAUGCACAACAAUAACAGGGAAGGUCUUCAGAUGUCCGUGGGGCCAUUCCUGCACCUCCUCCAGGACCACCUGCUGAAGGGCACAGACUCUGCCACUCUGCCCGGCGAUAACAGGAAGCUGUACCUCUAUGCUGCUCACGAUGUGACACUUAUCCCACUCCUGAUGGCCUUAGACAUCUAUGACAACAAGUGGCCCCCAUUUGCAGCUGACCUGACCCUGGAGCUCUACCAGCACCGGGAAUCCAAGAAGUGGUUUGUGCAGCUGCAUUACCUAGGGAAGGAGCAGGUGCCAAGAGGGUGUCCCCAUGGGAUCUGUCCGCUGGACAAGUUUUUGGACGCCAUGUCGGCUUAUACCCUGAACCCAGAGAAGUACCACUUGCUCUGCUCUCAGGCUUCAUGAUGGAGCUGGAAAAUGGAGACAGCUGAUUUGGGCAAACAGGAGGUGGUGCUGUUUAUUGUUUGUUUUGUUAAAUAAAAUGCCUUUCCACCGU